AUGGCUGUGGCUUCCCAAUGCCCAACAUCUUCUAGAGUCUGGAGUUGUUCCACUCUACGAGAUGGAGUGGAAGAUCUUGUUUCUAGACAGCGUGAGCUUGAAGCGGAGGAAAACGAAUUGGAGAGACAGAUCGAGGAGAUGGCAAGUCAAAUUCUUCGCGAUGCGCAGGGAAGCUCCCCAGGGAAUGGUCCCGAACGAUCCGACCGUGUUCAUCAAGCAGAAGCUUCUCCUGAGGAUGAGACGCAAAAGGCCACAUCGGAAGAAUUUCAACAAGCUGGGUUGCCCACACCAAUGGAGGUUGAUGCUCCCAAAGCAGAAGGAUAUGUCCAGGCGAACAUCGCCCGACCAGUGGCUACGCCCACCCGUGGUUUGGCGCCUGAUGUUGCUGAGCCUGGGAGUCACCAGACAUCCGAACAAAAGGGCGAUGAUGAUAAUUCAAAGGCCCCGGAGGUGCCUUCACUGGCGUCGGCCCCAACACCUUCUGAGAAUGCGGCUGAUGGUUCCGGCCUUCCGAAGAAGGCGCCACAGAGAACCCGGAAGGAGCGUCUUCGUGAAGCCGCGAAACAGCGAAUUCGACGAAUGGUGAUGCGGCACAAGAGGGCUCAUCUCAAUGUGCCACAGUUCGUGGUCGAUGAAUGGAAGUCCAGGGAUCAAAACACGAUGGCCCAUCUACUCAUGGAGAAGAACUGGGACAAGGCCGCCUUCAUUGCUGAGCUUGAAGUGAUUGUCACUAAGAAGAAGACUAUCUCAAUCCGGGUUGAGGAGCAGUGGGUGUCAGAAAAGGAGAUGAAGUCUGAUCUGAAAUGGUCACCGCUCCGCAUCGCUGGUGCAAAGAAAGUUUGCGAAGCCAAGCCUGACACCCACUGCCGGAAGAAUGCUUACGAUGGAGAAUUUGAAUUCUAUGUUGUCGUUCGGGAAACCGGUGCCCGGCAACUGGAGAAAACAGAGGAAGAGAUCUUGAGGUCUAAAAAGAAGGCAGACGAAGGACCAACUUUGGGCCAAGAUACCUUCGCCGGCUUGGAGCAAGCUGCGCAAAGGACCGCUGCUGAAGAUGCUGAGGCCAAGUCUGCCAAGAGUGGUGGAUCUGCGCCAUCCCAAAUCCAGGAGACACGCGUGACCUUCACAAAGUUCAUGCAAUCAAUGCUGCAGAAGUCAGGGAAAAUCAGAUCCCUAGUUCGGGAGCUCAAAGAUAAGUAUGCCAAGUGUGACAGCACUGCUGAGAACGUCAACACUUUGCAGAAGGGCUUGAAAUUGAUGGAUGAGGAGUAUGACAAAUGCUCAACUCUCUUGGCUGAAGCCGAGCUGAAAGGGUUUGAUGUUGCGUUUGUCAAGAAAGCGAACGACAUAAUGGCCAGUGCUACCUACAAGUGCAGCAGCGCAUGCACUUCUGAGAUGAAAAUUCGGUUUCACCUCGCGGGGUCAAGAAGGAGAAGAAGGACAAGGAUUCGAAGGAUCGAAAGGAGCCGAAGGGUUCCAAGCGCAAGAGUAAGAGGAAAGCUCUUGAUGAGGAUGAGGGUCAGGAUCAGGAAACCCCAAAGGCAAAGUCCAGUAAGGUUAAGAAAGCCAAAGUUGAGAAGUGACCCUUUGGGGCCGGCGGCUGAUCAUUUGAUCAAUCUUGCGGGAAGUCUGUUUGAUUUCAUGUCUUAGUUCAAUUUGCGAAAAGCAAUUGGUUCCAAUCUUACGUGUGGCUUUGCUGGUGCCAAAUGUGCA